AGCGCCAGAGGGGCCGGCAGGGUUGGGGCGCCCUCACAGGGCUGCCAGGGGUGCGGCGUGGCCUCGUCGCUUCGGAGAUGGCGGGGCACCUGCGGUGACGGUCUCGUGCCAGAGGGUUCCAGCCUUGCGCUCCUGGGCGAGCAUGGAGCGCCCUGAGCCCGAGCUGAUCCGGCAGAGCUGGCAAGCGGUGAACCGCAGCCCGCUGGAGCACGGCACCGUCCUGUUCACCAGGCUGUUUGACCUGGAGCCCGGCCUGCUGCCCCUCUUCCAGUACAACUGCCGCCAGUACUCCAGCUCCGAGGACUGCCUCUCCUCGCCUGAGUUCCUGGACCACAUCAGGAAGGUGAUGCUCGUGAUCGAUGCUGCGGUGACCAAUGUGGAGGACCUGUCCUCGCUGGAGGAGUACCUGGCCGGCCUGGGCAGGAAGCACCGUGCAGUGGGUGUGAAGCUCAGCUCCUUCUCGACGGUGGGCGAGGCCCUGCUCUACAUGCUGGAGAAGUGCCUGGGCCCCGCCUUCACACCAGCCAUGCGGGCAGCCUGGCGCCAGCUCUUCGGAGCCGUGGUCCGGGCCAUGAGUCGAGGCUGGGAUGGCGAGUAAGAGGCAGCUUCUGCCCAGCGGCCUCCACCUGGUGGCCUUCCCCUGUCUGUGUCUGUCUGUUGGUCCGGGUGUGUUGUAGCCUUGUCUGCUUGACCAUAUUGCAGGGGCGAUGGAGCAGGGCUGGGUCCCCGUCCCACCCCCACUUAAGUACAGAGCGGUGUGCCUUUCCUUUAGGACAGGGCUUCUGGAUUUCCCUGCACCCCAGUGGCUUCUUCCCUGCCUCCUUCUCUCCCUCUGGGGUCCCCUCUUCUGCCAUGAGGAGGAGCAGCGCUUUAGGGGCAUUGGCGUCCUGGGGCCGGGGAGGUAUUGGGCUUUGAGAGAAGGGGCUCUUCCGUCAGCCACCGUUCUGGGGUGAGCCUGGGCCCAGUCGGGGAGUGGGAUGGCCGAGCUCCAGGCACCUUUUGAAUGCUUUCCUCUCUCGGGGUGUUUGCUUUUCACAAGGAAAGGGAGGGACGGCUUUAGCCUUCAUGGUGGAGUCACAGGCAGGUCAUCAGGAGAGCCGCUGAAGGGACAGGGGACCUGGCUCGUGAGGGGCUCAUUGGGGUCUCGGGGGCCUACUGAGAUGUCACUGCAAUCUCUCCCCUCCCUCACUCAGCACUCUGGUGGCAGCUCCCUUACCAUCUCUCUGUAGGAACCAGCUAGCCAGCCAGGGUCGGGUGGGGCUGCGGGAGGCCAAGGAAGGAGGGGCCACUUCACUCGGAGAGACCUGAGUCCGGGCAGCUCUUCCUCACCACGCACCCCAGCAGGGCCCCGGUCUCAUCUCCUGACCCUCCAUUCUGCCUCUGCCCGCACCCAACGGUAGGCCCACCACUCCCCAGCUUUCACGCCUGGUGUGUGCCCGUACUCAGGUGGGUGGAUGGAUGGAAGGCAGUGUGAGAGGCCCUCUACCCUCGCCCUGAGCUGUCUGCACUUUAUCUUUUGUUCUGUGCUGUGUUUGUGUAAACUCAUGAGGAAUAAACCUCUUCUGUGUGCC